GGUUCAUAACGAAACGAGUAAAAUACGUUGCAUCAUAAAAAUUGUUAAAAAAUGGUUCCAACAAAAAGUAACCUUUGGAUUUUUUUUUCAAAAAAAGGUGUGAAUUUAGUUGUGUGCAAAACGUGUUUGAAAGAGAUUAAAACAUCUGGCAAUACCACAAACAUGGCUAAACAUCUAAAAUUACACAAGCAUCUCAAAAAAGAUGGUGACAGCAAUAUCAAUAGAACCCCAAAAGCUAGUUCGUCAAAAACUACAAGUAGUGAUCCAGAAAAAGAAGCUACUGAUACUCCUACUGCUCCCAGCAAUGAGUUAAAAAUUCAGUCAAGCAGCUCCAACCAAAGAUUAGAUUCAGAAGCUAUUGAAAUAUCUUCAAGCGAAGCUUCCUUUUUUGUGGCCCAAUACACAGGGCAUUUAAAACCAUUCAAUCUUAUAAAGAGGGUGGAAGCCAAAAUGCCAAAAUGUUAA